AUGUUCGAGAUAUUUGUAAUUGAUUAUAAUGUUAAUUGUAAAAGGCAUAUUGACCAGAUAAGAAAGUACACAGGUUCUACCGUUACUGGAAGCGAAACGAACGGCGCCGGUGCACCCGCCGACUUGUCGGGUAGCCCACCUGCCUCACCGCGCGCCUCCCGCGCCUCCCCUGAGCGCCCCCCGAGGCAGCCGCGUCAAACUAUGUCUUGUGACGAAUCGCAACAUUCGCAAGCUAGUGUACGAGAAGAUAAUAAUGUCGGGAAGGAGGAUGAGUGGGCAGAGGCUAUAAGUGAAGGUGGUGCUAGCGAUGGCUCAUAUGACGGGCAUGAUGCCCAGCAAGCAGAGCUAGAAGCUAGUGCUGAGAUGAAGAGGACGGAAGCGUUAAAACGUCUCAAAAAAUUCAUCAUCGAGCUGCAAAAGUUUAAAACCCUAGAUGAGGAGUGCCGUGCAAAACAGAAUACGAGCACGCCAGCGCCGUUGUGUGGUCAAACGACUACGGAAACAGAGGCUGAGAUGGACACUGUAGCCGAGACUGAGAUGGACACUGGAGACUACACAGACAAUGAGUCAGUGGUCGAGACGUGUGAAACCGGUUUUGUAGCGGUAUGGAUAGAUGGCAUUCGUUUCUAUAGCUGCCAUGCGCCACCUAGCCUUACUAUUGAUGAAUUUACUAAUUUCCUGGACCGGCUGACCGAGGAUGCGAAGCAGAAUUAUUCAGUGGCGAUAGCCGGUGAUUUCAACGCCUGGGCAGUGGACUGGGGCAGCAAGCAGGCACUAAUGCACGGGGAACAGCACUACUUUAAGCCAUAA